AUGACGAAAUUUUCUCAAUUUAUGUUCCCUCUUUCUCUCUCAUGAUUUUUCAACGAUUCUCUCUUCUAUUUCUUCUCCCUUUUCUCACUUAACCCCUAAUUUAUCACUUAAUUUAUCACUUUCAAUGGCUUCUUCAUCUUCUUCACCUAUCAAAGAUGCAAAAGUUCUCAUGGUUGGUGCUGGUGGAAUUGGAUGCGAGCUUCUCAAAACUCUCGCUCUCUCCGGUUUCUCUGACAUACACAUCAUUGACAUGGACACUAUAGAAGUCAGUAACCUGAACAGACAAUUUUUGUUUCGACAAUCCCAUGUUGGGCAGUCCAAAGCUAAAGUUGCUAGGGAUGCUGUUUUAAAAUUUAGGCCCCACAUAAACAUCACAUCAUAUCAUGCAAAUGUCAAAGGUCCUGAUUUCAAUGUGGACUUCUUUAAGCAAUUUAAUGUCGUUCUAAAUGGUCUCGACAAUCUAGAUGCACGCCGACAUGUGAAUCGCUUGUGCUUGGCAGCUGAUGUCCCUUUGGUUGAAAGUGGAACUACUGGGUUCCUUGGUCAGGUUACAGUACAUGUCAAGGGAAGGACUGAGUGCUACGAGUGUCAGCCUAAACCAGCCCCCAAGACAUAUCCAGUCUGUACUAUCACAAGUACCCCAUCAAAGUUUGUUCACUGUAUUGUGUGGGCAAAGGACCUACUAUUUUCCAAGUUAUUUGGGGACAAGAAUCAAGACAACGAUUUAAAUGUUCGCUCAAGUGAUGCUGCCAGCUCAUCAAAAAAUGUAGAUGAUAUAUUUGAACAUAGCAAAGAUGAAGACAUUACUCAAUAUGGAAGGAAAAUAUUUGAUCAUGUAUUUGGGUAUAAUAUUGAAUUAGCUUUGUCCAAUGAGGAGACAUGGAAAAAUCGAAAUAGACCGAAACCUAUAUACAGCAAGGAUGUCCUGUCCGAUGAAUUGGCUAAACAGAAUGGAAAUCUGGACAACGAUAAUGCUUCUGGUGAUGGCUUAUCAGUUUCUGCCAUGGCAUCUUUGGGCAUGAAGAACCCACAAGAUAUCUGGAGUCUUAAAGAAAAUUCUAGAAUACUUCUUGAAGCACUGAGGCUAUUUUUCACAAAAAGAGAAAAGGAGAUUGGCAAUCUGAGCUUUGAUAAAGAUGACCAGUUGGCUGUAGAAUUUGUCACUGCAGCUGCAAACAUACGAGCUGCUUCAUUUGGCAUACCUCUACACAGCCUUUUUGAAGCUAAAGGAAUUGCUGGUAACAUUGUGCACGCCGUAGCGACAACAAAUGCUGUUAUUGCUGGUUUGAUUGUCAUUGAAGCAAUUAAGGUGCUGAAAAAUGACAUUAAAAGUUAUAGAAUGACAUAUUGUCUGGAACACCCAUCAAGAAACAUGUUGCUUAUGCCAGUGGAGCCAUUUGAACCUAACAAAUCAUGUUAUGUUUGUUCUGAGAGUCCUAUUUUGCUUGAAAUAAACACAAACCGUUCAAAAUUGAAGGAUGUUGUCGAAAAGAUUAUCAAGGCUAAACUUGGUAUGAGCCUUCCACUUAUUAUGAAUGCUUCAAACCUCCUUUAUGAAGCUGGUGAUAUCGAGGACGACAUGGUUGCAAUUUAUAAUGCCAACCUUGAAAAGGUUCUUGCUGAGCUCCCUUCUCCUGUAACUGGUGGUACAAUGCUUACAGUAGAGGAUUUUCAACAAGAAUUGAAAUGCAAUAUUAACAUAAAGCACAGAGAGGAAUUUGAUGAAGAGAAAGAACCUGAUGGAAUGGUUCUAUCAGGAUGGACUCAACCAGUGUCAGCCGCAGAAAAUGAAGACAAGUCUGUUAGUAAUGGUGCAAACACAUCUGAUAACAAUGAUGAGAUAGGCAUAGUUUCUCCAUUGAAGAAACGAAAGCUCCCUGAUGAUUCCGAUAAGUCAAAUACCACUGACGAUGCAAGACAUAACAAGCAAUUGCAAGUUAUCGAUGAUGAAGACGAUCUUGUCAUGCUUGAUGGGGAUUUAGAUGGCUUUAAAAAGAGAAGAGUGUCAUAGUAAGUAGUAACUAUUAAUUAAUCUGGAUGAGAUCUUGCAUUCUAGUUUUGUAUUUGAUUAGAGGUUUGGCGAUUCUUUUGGCCAUAGUUGUUAGGUCUGCUGCUAUUUUGAUUUGGAUAGAUACAUACAAAACCUUUCUUUCUUUCUCCCUUUUUUUUGCUUUUCUCUGUAGCAGCAAAUGUGUAAUAUUCUCGCUGACGUCUGACAGAGAGGAGAGGAUCACUGACCUCAAAAUUAACUUUAUAACACCUGAGAUUAGUUAGCACAAGUUUUGCUAAUUGGAAUUUUAUUCAAUUAUUAUUGUCAUGUA